CUGCCACCUAGUGGACACAGGAGGAACACCUGGACGGGCAGCCCCAGGGAGGGCCAGGCUGAGCUGGAGAGAAAGGAUUCCAAUCUCAGGCUCAGGAGGCUCCACGCAGGCCACUUCCUGGGAGCCGAGCCGGACCCCAGGCCGUGGGGGGACAGAUCUUCACUUUCAGACCUCGGGCCGUGGGGGGACAGAUCUUCACUUUCAGACCUCGGGCCAUGUGGGGACAGAUCUUCAGUUUUAGACCUCGGGCCGUGGGGGGAUAGAUCUUCAUUUUCAGACCUUCCAGGCUGAGGGCAGGACACAGACCCAACGCUGGGGACAGAUAGAGGCCCCGGGCUUUGGGAAGACAUUGUGUGCUUCAAGCCAGAGUUCGGGGGCGGGGGAGUGAGGAAACUGGACAUCAGACAAGCAGAGACAAGGCCAGCCUCAGAGACACCUCUUGGCUCCACUCUCCAAACAGUGAGCACAGGGCCAGGGCAGUGGGUGGUUCCCACAGCCUCUCGUCCCCGCGGCCUUCUCCUAAAGCCUGGAAGGGUGAAGGCCCUGGCUCCCAUCCCCUCCCCUGGGCCUCUGACCCCUUCUGGGCCCUCCUCUCCACUCCCCUCCCUUCAUCUAGGCCUUUGACCGCUCCGGGCCCUCCCCUCCACUGACACCUUUGCUCAGUGACGUCAGUCUGUCCCUGCGCAGACCUGCCAGAGGCUGGGGCUGGAUCCAGGCUGCCAUGUUCUCCCUGCUGUCCCUCCCCUCCUGGCUUCCCAGCCUCCCCACCCUCGAGUGGGGCUCCAGCCUCCUCGACUGCCUCCUGCAAGGCCUUAUUGGGGCCUUCGGAGUCUCGGUCCUGAGCAAUCUCCUGAAAGUUUACUUCUUCGUGGGCUGUGCCAAUGACCCGAAGCGGCAAGUCGAAAAGGAACGGCUGCAGGGGCGGUGGGCCUCGCUGGAGAUGGUGCACCUGGCAGGGCUGACCCUGAUCUUCACCGUCGUGGGGGCCCGGGUGGCAGCCCUGGUGGUGCUCGAGUUCUCCCUCCGUGCCGUGUCCACACUGCUGUCCCUGGGCAAGGGCUCCCGGGGCCCCGAGCAGCUCCAGCUCUACCUGCUGUCUCAGUACUCUCUGGGCUGCGGACUGACCUGUGGCCUGAGCUUCCUGCAGGAGGGCGCCCCUCACCGCACCCUGAACCUGCUGCUGAGCCUUGGGCUGGCCGCACUGCUUGGCACCAGUGCCCGGCGCCUGCACCGCCACGUCUGCCGCCUCUACGAGCUGCACAGCAGCCAGCAGUACUGUGGGGUCUGCCUGGGGCUGCUGGCCGGCGCGGACGGCCUUCCCCAGCUGCUGGGCCGCGCCCUGGCUGUGGCCUUUGCUGUGGGUGACCUGGCGGCUGUGGCCCUCAUCAACCAGGACUUCCUGAGCACCUCAGAGGCCGUGCGCUUCUGGACGCCACUCACCAUCUGCUACACACUGCUUGUCAUCUACAUGCAGGAGGAGCAGCGGCUGCGUCCCGGCAUGCAGAGCCAGGUGCAGACGGUGCUGGUGCGCAUGGGUGGCCUGUUUGUGCUGCUGCUGACCGUGGGCCGCUGGCUGGACCUGCUGGGCAUCGUCGUCUCCCUGCUGGGCGAGCUCUGGUGUCUGCUGGGCGUCCGCACUCUGCUCGACCUCUGCCAGAUUCAGGAUUUUCCAUCCCAGAGGACUUCAGAGGCAACUCCAAGCCAGCCUCUGCCCUCGGCCCCAGAGGACCGCCCCCUCCACACCUACCUCAGGGAGGACUUGAGGUCUGUCCCAGGCCAUGCAGACUGACCUGUGAGGACAUUGUCUGCGGGCAGAUUGGAAGGACUAGCCCCACCUGGACCUUGGGCUAAACUGAGGGCCCCCAGGGAGGGUGCUUCUCAGGAGAGCGGGGGCACCGGGUUAACCCCUCUGUAUCUCAGGGUGGGCUGUGGGUAUAGGCUCCUCAGACCCACCUUCCUGGGUGGGGUUGGAGGCUUGGGAGCAGACUGCCACCAUGGGAUGUUUCCCGUUAUGGCCUCCUCGCUCUUUCCCCAAAUAAAGGUGAUGAUUCUUACA